AUGUUGCUGUCCCUCUUGUUGCUUCUGUCUCUGAUUCUAGGACUGAGGUGUGAAGACCUGAGUCCAGUUAAAGACGAAGAGUCUGGUCUGAUAGGAAACCCAGUCCUACUGUCCUACGAGUACACAAAGUUUUCACCUGGAGAUUUCUUCUUCUGGUACCGCCAACAUCCAGGAGCACCACCACAGUUUCUCAUCUCCCACACCUCCUCAGGAUCAGUAACUAUCAGUCGGGUCUCGGGUCUGGAGGUCCGAGUGGAGGGAGGUAAACUGAUCCAGAUGAGGAUUGUGUCGGCUGCAGCGGAGGACUCUGCGGUGUUUUACUGCGCCGUGAGGCCCACAGUGACAGGAAACCCUGCAGCUCUGUACAAAAACCUCAUCCAACACUCCACUUCAGGGCACACUUUUAUUACGCAACACCGCCACCAUGUGGAUGAUCUUUAUCAGCAGCAGGAAGAUCAGGAGAAUCAGGGAGAUCAGGAGGGUCAGGAGGAUCAGGAGGGUCAGGAGGAUCAGGGAGAUCAGGAGGAUCAGGAGGAUCAGGAGGAUCAGGAGGAUCAGGGAGAUCAGGAGGAUCAGGAGGAUCAUGAGGGUCAGGAGGAUCAGGGAGAUCAGGAGGAUCAGGAGGGUCAGGAGGAUCAGGGAGAUCAGGAGGAUCAGGAGGGUCAUGAGGGUCAGGAGGAUCAGGGAGAUCAGGAGGAUCAGGGGGGUCAGGAGGAUCAGGGAGAUCAGGAGGAUCAGGGAGAUCAGGAGGAUCAGGAGGAUCAGGAGGGUCAGGGGGAUCAGGAGGAUCAUGAGGAUCAUGAGGAUCAGGAGGAUCAGGAGGAUCAGUAA